GGAAACGAGUCAAACGGUGACUGCGCAUGUCAGUUAUAAUGAUACUCAACCAAUGUAUUAUUUGGUGAACUCAAAGAUGUCUGACGUGUACAAACUCCUGUGGUCAGUCUGUGUACUGAUGAACGGUUUUCUGCAAACAUCGGCAGACUUCAAGGCGGAGAGGAAGAAAGUUUCUCACGCCUGUAGCAGCUCUCUAGACGCGUGUGUUGCACCCACGGGGAGUCAUAAACCUUCCAGCGACGCUAGCUGGUGCUCUCUGUUGGAGGCAACUAAAGAUGGCGUCAGCGCCUACCAGUGUGUUAUAAGGAUCGGACUUUGUACAGACGAGGAGUUUGUGGCUCUCAAAAAUGGAGCUUGUGGUCAGACGGCUACUGCCCAGCACACGUCCAGCGAGCUAAAGAAGUCUCUGUACGACGUUGUGAAGUCGCUAAACGACGACUGCUCAGGUAAAUUAGUCAUGUGUAUCUUUGGGUCCAGCCUGGCCACAGUUUUCAAACAACAGGAGCAGUACUGUAAGCUGAUCAACCUGGACGGUGCAGCCUGCUUCAACAUGGCCUGCACAAAGUCUGAAAUCUCCAACCUGAAUACAACCGCGUGCAAGACAACCCAAUCCCAACCAUUUUCCGACGCCAUCGUGGCAACCUCACAAAAAUGCCACCGCGGGUUGGACAAAUGUCUGAGUACUGUGUCUCAUGCUACAGUUAUGAUCAGGGGCGAGAAGUACUGUGACGUGAUGGGGUUGUCCGAGAAAUACACCACCCACGACUGUAUGCUGGAGCUGGGCUGUACGGAGCUGGAGUUCACGGCCGUCAAGUCUGCAGCCUGCGGCGGGUCUCCUGCUCAACCAGCGCACGUGUCCGCGACUUGCACGACGACAAAACACACGUGCGCUAGAAUGGCCAGUAGUUUGGUGCCCUCUAACGACGCCGGCUGGUGUCGUCUGUUCGGCUCGUCCAUUAACGGCACCAACUCCUACCAGUGUAUGGUCAACAUUGGACUUUGCACAGAGGAAGAGUUUGUGUCAAUGACAAACCAAGCUUGCGGUCAGUCGAUUGCGGUCCAGCACCCGUCUAGCGCUUUGAAAACGUCUCUGUAUACAGCCAUCUACUCAACCAGCGACGACUGUCGUGGGAGGUUGUUGUCGUGUAUAUUGGACUCCGGCGUGGCCACCAUUUUCAAAGUAAACGAACAGUACUGCAAGCUGGUGAACAUGGACAAGGCCAAGUGUCUGAAGGCGGCUUGCACCAAGGAGGAAAUCACCAGCCUCAACACCACGGCAUGCGCGACAACCCAGUCGCAACCAUUUUCUGACGUCAUCGCCGCUGCGUCACACAAAUGUCAAUCCGGUGUUGACUCCUGCGUCACCAGCCGGUCGCACCCGUUGACCUUGAUCCGCACGCAGAAGUACUGUGAGUUCAUGAAUCUCUUCGAGAAGUACUCAACUCACGACUGCUGGAUCGAGUUCGGCUGUACCGAGUCGGAGUUUGUGCGCGCCAAAACCGCAGCCUGCAGUGGUUCUCACGUUCUGCCCUCUCUGAUCGUGCUAGCACUUGCUGCACUGCAUCUGCUGCUCUAGCUGCGUGUAUAGCUGCGUAUAUAGCUAAAUAGUCCACUCAAUUGCUUCGGUUUUAUUUAAUCCCUUUAAAAAUUGAAGCAAUGACAAAAUCGUUUUAGUAUUAUGAGCUGAAAUUUUACAACCAUUAUUUUACUAACAAAACCAUUUUGAAAUAGCAGUUACAUAUUAACGACAUUUUCAGCCCACAAAAAAAAAAUAUUUUAGCUUUAGUAAUAUUGAAAACCAGUGACUGGAAAAAGGUCACAAAAACGGUUUUGGAAGAAAACAAAAAGUAAUUUUAAAUAUUUUUCCUGAUUUAUACAAGUAUACUUUUAAUUGUUUGUUAUUUUGUUUGCGAUUUUUUUCAAAUAAAAAUUGAAAUGUGAAA